AACUCUUAUUUCUACCAAAAUAAGAAGUAUUUAACCGGUUUAACAUAAAGUCGUAAGUUUUUAGAUGAGGUAAGUCGGUACAAAAUAGGUAAUUUUAAAAAUAUGAAGAGAAAAGGCUCCACUUUGAUUCAUUCCAAAUUCCAAUGUUAAUGGGAAAAAAAAUUAAUGGUGGUGCUUGAAAAUGAAAGCAACGCUAGCAGGCAAAACAAAAGCAAUAAAUUUCAACCACGCACGCAAUCACGUGCAAUGAAUUAAUAUGCUCCGUAAGUACUCAAAAGAAUGAGCUACCUGCUACUGCCUACUAGUAUUAGUAUAUAGUUACAACACUACUACUACUAGUAGUACAUACACCUACAAGCUACGUAUUUGGAUACUAAGCUUGCAUCAUCUUUCUCUAAGAAAACUCUUUAGGUGGCGUCCAUGCCUGUUCUUAAGGUCCUAUUAGUUACUGCAUUAGGCCUACUUCUAGCUGUUGAUCAUGUUCAUGUCUUGGGUACCAAAUACCAAUGCUCGAAAGCAGCUAAACAAGGUCAUCAUUGUAUUUGGAACUUGGGGAACCUGCCAAUAAUAAUGAUCCCUGCAUUAUGUAAAGAGAAGGGAACUCCAUUUGGCGAUGCUAAUGUUUGCCAUUCAAAUGGAAUGGCUUAUGCUUCCCUUUCCAUGGCGGUAUGAUUCUUAUUUCUUAAACAACACCUACACUUGCAUAAUUGCAACUUUUAAGAUCAUCGUUAGGAAACCUGUUUUGCUGGUCAUAUGUAACAUCGUCCGGAAAUCUUGUAUGAAGUUUAUGGAAAAAGAAGUUAUUAAUGAUUAUCAGUUGGAUGCAGAAACAACAGUACCUCUACUAGCUUCACCAUAUUCUUCCCUAAAGAGUAUUAGUUCUCAAAAUCAGAUAAUUGGGUUCAUGACUGGGACAAUUCCUCUUACGCUCCACUUUACUCUACUCUUAAAAAUUUUAAAAAAUUAAAAAUUUUAAGUAUGUGAUUAUUAUUUGUAUGGAUAUUUUAAAUCUUAUAAAGGAUGAUUAUUGUUAAGUAU